AUUUAUUAUGUCUUUUAUUUCAAUAACAAUACAAAGUCACACUUGACACAGGUACCUGUGAAUACACGAACAGUAUAGAUACUUGAGCGAGCACACACGAAUAAUAGAUGUGGACGAACAUACAUACAACAUAAAUCAACUGAAUAACUUCUAUAUGGAAAGGUGUUGAGGCAGGAAAAAAUAAAUGCCAAACUACAUAUUUUAUAUGGCGGAAAAAAUACCUGUUUCUUUGAUUUUAUUGUUUUGAUGAGCGCCUGAUUUCACCAUGAUGCCUCACAUAUAUAUGAUGAUGCCAAAGACAUGGUUGGGUGCCUGUAGCCUACCUGCUAUAACCCCUUUCCUUGACCCUGACACCCCAGGAAAGAAGACUUUUCAUGGCCAUGUUUCGCGUUUUAUCUUGCAUUUCUCUUCAUUUCCUCUCCUUAGCUCUGUCAUCUUAGAAAAAAAAAUCACUUUGAAAAUGGUUACAUUUCAAAAUCCUGGAGGAUACUGGGGGAAAAAAAGGGGAAAUUAUUUUUCCUUAAUGAGUGGGAGCCCUGUGUCAACAAAUGCAUCUAUUUUGUUUUUUCUUCUGCUUUGUUAAGCUCCAGGUCUCAGCGCAAUAAAUUCAGGAACAUGGGGAAGAUGUAGCACUCCUUCAUUUUCUUUCCUAGAGCUAGAGAUAAUUGCUUGGAUGUCAAUGCACUAUAAGACGGAUAGAUAGAACACAGAAGACUCGAAAUCACACAUACGUCCAACUGUGCCUGCAGUCCCUGUUUUUUUUUUCUCCUUUGUCUUUGUAAGAUAUCUCUCAGUGUAGUUUUAUAAACGGUAGAAGAUGAUUUCAUCUGUGAACACGGAUUAACAGGGACAAUGAAUGAUACAGAUGCUGUGAAUGCAGGGCAGAGUGCCAGAAGCUUGGAAAAUGGUGGGACAGGUCAAGGAUCUUACUCAUGUCAAGAAGCAAAUGUGGAGCAAAUUGAGCUGGAAUACAAAAUUCCUGUGCCCAAUCUCUUUAGUCGACCUCCAAUUGGAAUAGUCAGUGUUCCUGAUGGUCAAAUUAGGGUUGAAGGCUCUCAAACUCAAGAUGUGGACCUUGUAGAGUCCGGGCAUGGAAAUGGAAGACUCUGCUCCAUUGCCCCGUCAUGCCAGCAGCGCCCCAUGUCUCAGUGGUCCAAGACCAGGAUAUGUCUGGUGUGCGUGCUUACUGUUGCUAUUGGAGCCUUACUGCUGUUUGUAUCUCUUUUCCCGGCCAGUUUUGUCUAUGUGGACUAUUAUGAGUAUGCACUGCACCGGAAUAGUUUCACCGGCAAGGUUGACUACAGCCAACUGUAUGGCCCCAGCUGCAACCUCAUGGCCCCUUGGGAUGAGAUGAUAAAGUUCAAGGCUUCUGCACAUCACGUUGAGAUGACGCUGAAAAUCAUGAACAAAGACUUUUUAGGCAUCACCCUUCAUCUCUAUCUGCAGUAUUUUCUCAAGCCAACAGAGAUAGUGGUUUUGUACAAAAGGUACAAUCUGCAGUACCCUGAGGUUAUGAAACAGUUGAUCCAGAGCACUGUGAAAAACACGGCUGUGAAUUUCUCCUUGGAUAAAUACAGGCUGAGAAGACAUCAUGUGGAGGCUGAACUGGAGAGCAGGGUGCGCUAUGUUCUGUCAGGCGACUGCUGCCCAUCCAGGUGCCCUAACAACCACACAUCCGCCCAGAACACGUCAUGCGGCCCCCCAGACUGUCUGCCUGUUGGUCAGUGCUAUGUGGGACGUCACGUGGAACUGCGAUAUUUCCAGAUGGGCCGGGUGUCCAUCCCUGAUGAGGUCAUGGACUUGUAUCUACGGAGUGUUGUGCUUCAGAUACAGGUAGAACGAGAGCUAUAUCUUCAAGAAACAGCUGUAGAAGAGAAGAAAACUGAAGCAUUAGUGAAAAAUCUUUUGAAUCAAGCCAGAGAAGUCACUGAAGCUGCUGAAGCUAAAAGUCGAGUUAUUUUGGCCAAAGCCAAUGCCGAUGCUGAGCUGACUGUCCAAGUCGCCUACCAGUCUGCGCUCGUUGAAUUGUUUGACCGUCUCAACAUCACCGCAGAGGAGAAUAAGCUCUCCUUCAUCUAUACAAAAACACUCUGGGGAAAGAGAGACAUGCUUUUUGCCUUUGACUAUGAUGUAAAUAGGGUAUACACUCCAUAGGUUUAUUUCAUUCGAAGCUUCUUGAUGGAGUUGGGUAAUGAAAUUACUGUUAUGAGAAAAUACUCUUACUGAGUUGAACCAGUAAAGCUCGUUGUGACAUUCUCGAUGUGAAGACUCAUGUCUAUCUCAAGUCAACCUUUAAAUUUUGUUCCGCACAGUUUUAUGUAUCAGUUUAGUUUCGGGAGUUUCUCAAACUAAAUUUUACUCACUUAGACUUAAUUCGUACUAGUUGCAGGUGUAUUUCCUGCUUUGUUGCAGCAAGUUUUGGUCGAAAUAUGUAAACGUUAUCAUUUUCAGCAUACAAAAGAUAGGCACCAGCUACAGGCCUGAAUUAUCCUUGAAAGUUCUAGGAAACAAAGAUUUGGUACAGUGUUUUAUGGUACAGAAAAGUACAGGCAAGGAGAGCUUGUGAUCAGUUUGGAAAGCAA